AUGCUCAAGACUACGUCAUUACUGUUAUUCAUCGGCCUUCUCGUCGUGGGAAUCUCAGCGGCCCCAAAGAAAACGCCGCCGCCUCCGCCUACCAAGAAAACGCCUUCGCCGCCUUCGCCGCCGCCGCCGCGUCCUUCCACAGCGGCUUCUUCUCCUCCGCCACCGACAUCCGAAGCGCCGAUUGAGAAUCCAAUCGUAAGAAGAUAAAAGCUUCAUUUCAAAGGAGUAUAAUUUCCAGAACUCUAUCUCUCCAGAGCCUCUCGUUUCUGGUGAACACCAGCACAUCUCCUCACCGCCGCCGCCAAGACCUUCGGAAGAUUCUGUUCAACAGUUGAACGUAGGGAUCUUCCCUCAAGUGUUCCCGAUUCCAUUCAUUCAGCUUCACACGAUUCCCGCUGAAAACGCAACGUCUCCAGAAGCCUGA